AGUCAGCCUUGCUCCCGCACGUCUUCGGUUCCCGAGACUCCUACUAGGAGGGUUGGAGUCACCCACGCAGGUGUCCUUCCAUUCCCCACGGGACGCCUCCAGGAAGCCACGUGUGCCCAGCUGGGGCACAGCUCCAGCUCAUGCCCCAGAGGGGCCACCCAUCCCAGGAGAGGACUUGGGCGCUGCCCUCCCUCCCCAUGGCGCAGGGGCCGGAACCCGAGGCGGAGGGGCUGCUGGACCUCAGCUUCCUCACAGAGGAGGAGCAGGAGGCCAUCGCUGAUGUCCUCAGGAGAGAUGCCCGCCUGCGCCAGCUGGAGGAGGGGCGGGUCAGCAAACUCCGGGCCUCACUGGUAGACCCCGGACGACUGAAGAUCCUGACAGGGGACUGGUUCCAAGAAGCACGCUCCCAAAGGCACCACCAUGUCCACUUUGGCUCUGACCUUCUCCGAGCUUCCAUCCGCAGGAAGAAGAGCUCCAGGGGUGACCAGGCUCUGGGCAGUGAUGGGGAAACCCGGGCUGAGGUUUCUGGGAGAGAGGCCGAAGAGGAGCCAGAACCCAGGCUCCCCACAGACAAGGCCCUGGAGGAGAGGUGCAGUGAGACUCAGGAAUCUGGUUUCCUCUCACCCCCCUAUACCCCCCCAAAAGCUUCAGGUCAUGAGAAGGACCCCCAGGACCAGGAAGCCCCGAGCCCAGGGGGCGCACAGGUGGAAGUCCCGGAGGCGGACCCGGACCCGGAGCCCGCGCCCCGGGCGGAGGAGCCCCGGCCCGCCGCGGCCCAGACCGCGCAGGCCCCUGAGAUCCAGGAGAACGGGGAGACCCCAGGGCUCGAACCCUCACUCAACCGCAUGCUCAGCAGCAGCUCCUCGGUGUCAAGCCUCAACUCCUCCACGCUGAGCGGCAGCCAGAUGAGCCUGGCCGGGGAGGCCGAGGCGGGCGCGGUGCAGGUGCGCGGCGCGGUGCACUUGGCGCUGCACUACGAGCCGGGCGCCGCCGAGCUGCGCGUGCGCGUCAUCCAGUGCCAGGGCCUGGCGGCCGCCCGACGCCGCCGCUCCGACCCAUACGUCAAAAUCUACCUCCUCCCGGAUAAGCAGAGCAAACGCAAGACGGCAGUGAAGAAACGGAAUUUGAACCCGGUUUUCAACGAGACUCUGCGGUACUCCAUCCCGCCCGCCGAGCUCCCGGGCCGCGUGCUGAGCCUGUCCGUGUGGCACCGCGAAAGUCUGGGCCGCAACAUCUUUCUGGGCGAGGCCGAAGUGCCCCUGGACACGUGGGACUGGGACUCGGAGGCCACGUGGCUCCCCCUGCAGCCCCGGGUACCCCCAUCCCCCGAUGAGCUUCCCAGCCGCGGGCUGCUCUCCCUGUCCCUCAAGUAUGUCCCAGCCGGCUCUGAGGGCGCGGGGCAGCCUGUGAGCGGGGAGCUGCACUUCUGGGUGAAGGAGGCUCAGGACCUGGUACCGCUGCGCUCGGGAUCUCUGGACACUUACAUACAAUGCUCUGUGCUGCCUGAUGACAGUCGGGCCAGCCGCCAGCGCACCAGGGUGGUGCGGCGCAGCCUCAGCCCAGUGUUCAACCACACCAUGGUUUAUGACGGCUUCAGUCCUGCCGACCUGCGACAGGCCUGUGCUGAGCUCUCCCUCUGGGACCACGGGGCCCUGGCCAACCGCCAGCUGGGGGGCACACGCCUCAGCCUGGGCACAGGCAGCAGCUACGGGCUGCAAGUGCCCUGGAUGGAUUCCACACCCGAGGAGAAGCAGCUGUGGCAGACACUCCUGGAGAGGCCAUGUGAGUGGGUCGAUGGCCUUCUGCCCCUCAGAACCAAUCUGGUCCCCAGGGCGUAGCCAGCCCUACCGAGCUCCUCUCUGGACUGCCAUCUCAGAGCCUGCCCUUGGUGAAAGUCAAUAAAAGCUGUCCCAAGG